AUGCUUCAUAUAUUUGACACUGAUGAUAUCAUUAAUAAAAUUUAUUUUUGUACUGGGUUACAGCUUAAAAAAGAAGACGGUCUUCCGACAGAGAUGUGCAAAGCUUGCUUAGACAACCUAGCUAUUGCGCACAAUUUCAAAACACUGUGUUUAUUAGCAGAGGAAACUUUAAAAAAUGUAAAUAGCAAUAUAAACAUACAGGAACCAGGAACACUAACAGUUGGUUCGGUGACAGAUGAUAUAAGUAAUACAAAGGAUGAGUUUACUGAGCCAAAUGAGACUUUGGAUAUAUUUGAAGAUGCUAUUGUAAAAUCAGAAUCUAAUGUAAAGGUUCGGAAGAGUGCUCGGGUCAAGAUGAAAGUGAAAAAAGAGUGCGCUGAGCAAAGCGUUGGUACGGUUCGCGCCAAGCGCGGCCCCUACAACAAGGGCGGGGCGAAGCGCGUCAGCAAGUUCAAGUUCCGCAAGCUGUUCUGCGAGCCGUGCGGCCUCAAGUUCGCCAGCAAGCAGCAGUCGGACGAGCACAAGAGAGACGCUCACAGGGACAGCGAGCGAUUCGUCUGCGAGAUCUGCGGCAAGGUGUUCGUGCACCGCGCCUCCCACUACACGCACGUGCGCUCCCACCAGCCGCCGCGGCACGCCUGCGACCGGUGCGACUACCGCACCUGCCAGAAGCACGACCUCGUCAAGCAUCUGCGUAUACACACGGGCGUGAAGAUGUACCAGUGCGAGUACUGCACCGCCUCCUACCACACCUCGUCCAACCUCACGUGCCACAUCCGCCGCUACCACGAGCGCGUGCGCCGCUUCAGCUGUCCGCUCUGCGACCGCGGCUUCUACGAUCGCACCAAGCUCAACCGCCACCUGGACUCGCACAACGACAUUAAGAGGUUCGAGUGUGACGUGUGUCACGCUUGCUUCACUCGCCGCUGCUACUGGAAGAAGCACAUGCAGAGGGAGCACAACAUCUCGGUGCCGCCGCAGAGGCCGGGCAGGCAAAAGACCAACAGGCAGGUGGGGGAGUUAACCGACAGUGCGGUCGUCCAGGCAGUGACUGUGACG